UCCUACAGCGCUCUUCUCGAAUGGUCAUGUUAAAGAGAAAGACGAACUUGAAAACAGUGUUCUUCGCCCAUAUCUUGAGGAAAUGAACCAGAUUUCCUAAUGGUUAUCUUUAUAAGAGAACGGGACAGGGAUCAAGAUUUAUAUAAUCUCGAAAGCCAUGAGUAUGAUGCCUAGGUUUCGACCAUUUCAAUUAUUGUCUUCUGCCUGAUAGACUACUCUUUACAAUAUAGUACAAGGAAUAAAGAAGACUAGACUAUGGCAUCUCUUUCUGUAGAGGAGGAAAACUAUGUUCGAAUGAGUUUAUUACUGACAGGUAUUUCUCCACGUGCUGUAAGAACCUGUUUUGACGAUGAGUUAGCUCCCGAAUGUUUAGAGGACUCACUGAAGAAAGAGUAUAGCAAACUAUUGGAAUUGAACAAGGAAUAUCUAAUCAAUCAAUCACAGUGGAACCUCCUGUUUCCAAGAUUUCCUGAUGUUCCAGAUUCUAAAACCUUUGAUGUGACCCUGAUGACAACAUUACUGAGGAAUUUAACUCCUAUGACUCCUCCUCUUUGUGGAUUUGAACGUUUACCUACUGCCAUCGAAACUACAACAGCUGCAGAUUUAGCAAGAAUCAAUCACUACAGGAAUUACCUGGGUCAUCUGGAUGAUGGCAAAAUAGACAGUGAUUUCUUUAACAUGGCAUGGAAUGAUAUAACUAGUGCCAUUGAAAGAUUAGGUGGUCAGCAAAUGAAGCAGGAGUGUGAUUAUAUGAAAACCAAACCUUUAGAUCAAACCAAACCUUUAGAUCAAACCAAACAAGAAAUAAUGAUGGACAUGAAGCAUUCAAAUAAUGAAAUUCAGGAGCUAAAAGAAUCAUUUGAAAGUCUGAAGCUGUCUCAUACUGAAAUUAUAAAAUCCCAUGAAUUACUUCAAGAAAACCAUGCAGUUGUGACAAAAGAAAUGGAAGAAAUAAAGAUCUCCCAGAAGGAUACUAUACCUAGGAAUAUUAGAGAUCAGAUGAAAAAUCAAAUAGAAGACUGGGAAGAGAAAGAUAGGAUGUUUGUGUCUACAAGAGCCAGUGAUUACGUCAUACAACGUUUACAGGACAACAGUUGUUUGACUUUAACUGGCCCAUCAGGAGUUGGAAAAUCAUUUAUUGCAAGACACACAGCACUAGUUUUACAGAAGGAAGGAUACAAAAUAAUACCUGUGAGAAAACCAUAUGAUAUAAGAGAUUAUUAUCAACAAAAUAAAAGGACAGUCUUCAUUGUAGAUGAUAUUUGUGGAAAUUUCACUGCCAACCAACUACAGAUUGAUACCUGGGAACAACUUUUACCUUGGAUUUACACAAUUAUUGCAGACAAAUAUUGUAAGAUUAUUGUAUCUUGUAGGUUACAAGUCUAUAAAGAUAAUAAGUUUAAUAUAUUAUCACCUUUUAAAUCCUGUGAAUGUAACUUAAUAUCAGAUAAGUUUUGUCUUACAUCUGUAGAAAAAAAUAAUAUAGCAAAAGCUUAUAUAGGUACCAGAGAGGAUGAUAUUGAUGAAUCGUCACAAAAAAGUGAGUUCUUUCCACUUUUAUGCUCAUUGUAUGAUGGGGGAGAAAAUGGAGAUAUUAAUGAAUUUUUCAAAAAUCCAUUUGAAGUCUAUAAAAAUGAAUUAGACAACUUAAGUAGGUAUGGUGAUGAAGGGAACUAUAAAAUAUGUGGUUUGGCCUUGUGUGUUCUCUUUAAUAAUCAUCUGAAAGAAAAAUGGUUCCAGUGUAAAGUGACAGAUGAACAAAGCUUAAGACUUAUAGAAGACACAUGUGAUGCUUGUGAAAUCAACAGAAGUACAUCAAAGACAAAACUGAAGAAAGCACUUGACACCCUAGAUGGUACUUUUAUACAUAAACACAAUGGCAUUUAUAGUACUGUACAUGAUAAAUUGUUUGACUUCCUUGCUCAUUAUUUUGGUCAGAAAAUGAUUGAAUGUUUGAUAGAUCAUGGUGAUUGUAAUUUUGUACAUGAACGUUUUAUUUGGCAAACAUCACAAGAUGUCAAGAAAAGUGAAGUAGACUUCAUUAUUGAGAUACCAGAUGAUUAUUUAAAUUCAUAUUUAGAAAGGUUUGUAAAUGACUGGUCAGCAGGAAACGUGACAUUUGUAUUCUUUAACAAUAUUAUGAAAGUAUCAUCAUUUAGACAAAAGUUAUUACAAUACUUAAAACAACUGAAUAGAUCAAAACAAGAAAAAUUAGCAAAUACCAAGGAUACAGUGAUACCAAAGAAGGCAUGUGGAUCAGGUAAUUCUCCAUUGGUAAUGUUUUGUUAUUAUGGUUAUACUGAUAUGGUACAGUGGAAAUUACAGUAUAAUGUUGAUGUGGAUCAGUACAGAAAAGAAAAGAAACUUGUAACAGAUACAAGGGAUAUCAUUUUGUACACCAGAAGUGAUGGGGUUGCUGGACUUGAGAGGACUCCUAAUGUUGAUCUAUGUAAUGAUAAUGGCAUAAGUCCUCUUUUAGCAGCAAGUCAGAAUGGACAUACAGAAAUAGUAAAACAACUAUUAAAGAAGAAUGCUAAUGUUGAUCUAUGUCAUAAAAAUGGUAUUAGUCCUCUGUAUGAGGCAUGUCAUGUAGGACAUACUGAAAUAGUAAAGUUACUGUUAGAGAGGAAUCCUAAUGUUGAUCUAUGUGACGAUGAUGGCUGUAGUCCUCUGGUAUUAGCAAGUCAGAAUGGACAUACUGAAAUAGUAAGGUUGCUGUUAGAAAAGAAUUCUAACAUUGAUCUAUGUACCAAUGAAGGCUAUAGUCCUCUGUUAGUCGCAAGUCUGAAAGGACAUACUGAUACAGUAAAGUUGCUAUUAGAGAAAAAUCCAAAUGUAAAUCAAUGUCAAAAAGAUGGUGUGAGUUCUCUGUAUGAAGCAUGUAAUCUAGGACAUACUGACAUGGUUAGGUACCUUUUGGAGAAUAAUUCUAAUGUUGAUCUAUGUAGCAAUGAUCGUGUUAGUCCUCUGUUAUUAGCAAGUCAGAAUGGACAUAUUGAUAUUGUCAGGUUACUGUUGGCAAUGAAUCCUAAAGUUGAUCUAUGUAACAUUAAUGGUAUUAGUCCUUUGAGUAGGGCAAGUCAUAAAGGACAUACUGACAUAGUAAAGUUGCUGUUAGAGAAGAACUCCAAGGUUGAUUUAUGUGACAAUGAGGGCUAUAGUCCUUUGUUUUUAGCAAGUGAGAAUGGACAUACUGAAACAGUGAGGUUGCUGUUAAAAAAGAAUCCUAACAUGGAUAUAUGUACCAUUGAUGGCUGUAGUCCUUUGUUAAUGGCAAGUCAGCAAGGACAUACUGAUAUUGUAAGGUUACUUUUAGAGAAGAAUCCAAAUGUUGAUCUAUGUGACAAUGAUAGCAGGAGUCCUCUGUUAUUAGCAAGUCAGAAAGGACAUUCUGAUAUAGCAAGGUUGUUGUUAGAGAAGAGUCCUAAUGUUGAUCUAUGUGACAAGGAUGGCUGCAGUCCUUUGUACAUGGCAAGUCAGAAUGGGCAUACUGAUAUAGUAAGGUUGCUGUUGGAGAAGAAUCCUAACGUUGAUCUAUGUGACAAGGAUGGCUGCAGUCCUCUGUGCAUGGCAAGUCAGAAUGGGCAUACUGAUAUAGUAAGGUUGCUGUUGGAGAAGAAUCCUAACGUUGAUCUAUGUGACAAGGAUGGCUGCAGUCCUCUGUACAUGGCAAGUCAGAAAGGGCAUUCUGAUAUAGUAAGGUUGCUGUUAGAGAAGAGUCCUAACGUUGAUCUAUGUGACAAGGAUGGCUGUAGUGCUCUGUUGAUGGCAAGUCAUAAAGGACACACUGAUAUAGUAAGGUUGCUGUUAGAGAAGAGUCCUAACGUUGAUCUAUGUGACAAAGAUAGCAGGAGUCCUCUGUUAUUAGCAAGUCAGAAUGGGCAUACUGAUAUAGUGAUGUUACUGUUAGAGAAGAAUCCUGAUGUUCAUCUAUGUAACAAUGAUGGCUGUAAUCCUCUGUUAUUAGCAAGUCAGAAUGGUCAUACGGAAAUUGUAAAAUUGCUGUUAGUGAAGAAUCCUAACGUUGAUCUAUGUAACAAUGAUGGCUGUAGUCCUCUGAUAUUAUCAAGUCAGAAUGGGCAUACUGAUACAGUAAGGUUGCUGUUAGAGAAGAAUCCUAAAGUUGAUCUUUUUGACAAAAAUAGCUGUAGUCCUCUGUUAUUAGCAUGUCAGAAUGGGCAUACUGAUAUAGUGAUGUUACUGUUAGAGAAGGAUCCUGAUGUUCAUCUAUGUGACAAUGAUGGCUGUAAUCCUCUGUUGUUAUCAAGUCAGAAUGGUCAUAUGGAUAUCGUUAAUUUGCUGUUAGAGAAGAAUCCUAACGUUGAUCUAUGUAACAAUGAUGGCUAUAGUUCUCUGUUAAUAGCAAGUCAGAAUGGGCAUACUGAUAUAGUAAGGUUGCUGUUAGAGAAGAAUCCUAAAGUUGAUCUCUGUAGUAAUAAAGGCUUUACACCAUUAAUCACAGCGUGUGCCAAUAACAACACCAGUAUAAUAAAGCUAUUAAUGCAACAUAAACCAGACACUAAUGCCCAGACAUAUGAUGGUGGUAACGCUUUAGUUUUCAGUGCAUGGAAUGAAAACAUAGAAAUAAUACAGUUGUUAUUGAAGAACCAUGCUGACUGUAAUAUAUGCGCCCAUAGCAAACAGUUUAUAACUGAUGCAAUUGAAGACUGCCCAACAAAAGCAUUACAUGAAGUAAAACAGAAUUGUUUUAAUAUUCUUACAAAAAAUACACCAUCACAUGUAACAGAUUAUGUCAGAAAGAAGUCAGUAGAUUAUGCCUUCGAUGUUUUGGCUGGUUGUUCACCAUUACACUAUGCUUGUUUUAGGGGAAGCAUAGAUGUUGUCCGUUGUCUUCUGGACCACAAUGCUAACAUUAAUAUAAAAAAAGAAGAUGGAACAACACCAUUAUUUUAUGCAUGUGAAGUAGGACAUGAGGAUCUUGUGGGUUUCCUGUUAGAUAAAGAAGCAGAUACACAGAUAUAUAGACUUGAUGGGAAAUCCCCUUUAAUAAUUGCAAAAGAUAAUGGGCAUAAGUAUAUAGUGUUGAUUGUAACAGAAUGUGUGAAGAAGGAAAAUAAUCUUUCUUCCUAACUCAUUGUUCUUUGAUCCUAAGUUUGUAUGCACUGUAAAUAAACAUACAACAUUGUACAAAGGGAUAUUGAAAAGGACUUUAUUUUUGGUAUUUGUUUAAAAUGUUUAUAUCUACUGCUAUUCAUUCUGUUAUUUAGUCUACGAUUUUACAAUACACAUGAAUAUUUCUUGAUUUUAUUACCUAGAACAGAAGAAAUUAAUGUGUAGCAAAGACAUUUUGUUGAUGCUAAUGAAUAAAACUGUACCAGACUUAGUCACCAUUGUAAUUCUAUCAUUACUUACUCAUUUUCAGUUACCGGUACAUUAUAUAUUUCGUAGAUCACAUUUGUUUCUACUCGACCAUGUAAGAUCAGUCUUAUUUGAUUUUCAUGCUGAAAGUUCCAUAUUUUACUCAUUGUAUGUGUGUUACUUUGGUUUAUGUUUCUCUUGUAUAUGUAUUUCUUCAUAUAUUUUGAAGACUGUAUGCUAAUAUGGCUAACCCCCAGAUUUCUUGUUUGGUUUUGUUGUAUUAGAUUUCUGUCUAAUUCAUGUAAUUUGCACAUGUUGUCUAUCUCUUUUUUUCAUAUUGUCAUUUUAUUAUUAUUUUUUUGCUGUGUUCAUUUCUGUUUUUCUACUCAAGGAAUAAAACCACUGAUUAAUAGCCCCAUUGUUAUCUAUGUUAUAUUCUGCUAUUUCAAGCAUUCAUAGCUAUUUUGUUUUAAGAUGGGGAAAAAAAGUGACAGUCAUUACCUUAUCCUGACUUGUGCUAAAAAUUGUUCAACAUAGCUUUAAUCGUUUAUAAGAGCACACUUGUUUCCUGAAUUUCGGUAGAACAAUGUACAGGUACUGCUUAUCUGAGCAACAGGAUAAAUAUGCCCUCUUAUUUUAUUUUCAUAUAUUCGUUUUAUUAUUCAAGUGCUUAAGCUUUCAUUUGAUACCAAAAUUACCCAAAUAUUUUACUUAUAAAAAAUUUACAGUUAUUAUGGUUAUGCGUAGGAACUAUUUUGUUUAAAGUAUGUACUACUUUCUUGUAUAUUCUUUCUGACCUGGCCAGAGUAGUGAUUCUAUUCCUCUACACUUCUUACAUCAUACUCAUUUAAGUAACUUUACAGAAUUCAUGAUUCAUAUAUGUUGUCAUAAAAAAGUAUUACAGAUUCCUUUAGUAAACCCAACCUGAAGAAAGUAGAAAUCAAGCAGCACAAUUUGUCUAAAUAAGUCAUCAAGACUUGAGCCAAUGCUCCGUGUUGAAGGCCGUACCUUGACCUAUAAUGGUUUACUUUUAUAAAUUGUUACUUGGAUGGAGAGUUGUCUCAUUGGCACUCAUACCACAUCUUCCUACAUCUACUAGUAUUGACAUUACAGUGUUCAGUACUAUCGAACAAACUUAUUUGUACAAAACCUUCACAGGGUCUGAGUUCUUAAAAGAUGUAAAUAAAUUCAACACAGAUGACACAAUAACAUGUCAAGAUUAUUUGACCAAGCGCAUAAAUGAGAAUAGACUACAAUUUGCGAGUUCUUAACCUAAAGCUAGGUUAUUAUUUCAGUCAGUGGUAGAACAGAUAUUAGGGAAUGCACAUUUUCUUCUUAUGACUUUUAUAUCAAUGAUUUACUCUGGAUUUUGUCUCCCUACGAUACAAAUUGUGCUGAUUGCAAGCCAUAUGGACGCUAACUUGUCUGUGGCAGCAUCAACUUUUUUAUAUUUUUAUUUUAUUAUAUAAAGAAAAAGGGCUAAAAAAAUUUCUGAUCUGAAAUUGCGUAGGUUUAAGAACUUAUUUUGCAAAUAUUUAAAUGUGAUCAUCAUGAUCAUGGUAAUGCUAAACAUAAUUUAUGUUUUUUGUUAUAUAUAUAUUUACUAUGAUUGUUUUUAAUGGAAGCACAUUAUUUAUUUUUGUGUCUACUUUGAUUUGUUCUCCUUGUGUUUUAUAUGUUGUAAAUAAUUUAUGUUUUAUAUCAUGUAUCUUUGAUUUACUGACAUGACUGAAUGGAAGGUAUAUACUUUAAAAUAACUGAUAAUAUUGAUAUGAAAUAACCAUACAUUCCACAGAAACAUGUGACAGUCACCUGAUGUUUUAUCUGUUUUGUUACAAAUUCUCAUCAUACUACAAAAUAAAUAUUGUAUCGCAGAUGGUCUGAAAGGCUAUAUAAUAUCUGUAAUCACUUUUGGUCUAUUAUCUGUUUGUCAAUCCCUCCAGCAAAUACAUCAAAAUGAAUUUUGUUCACUGAACCAGGCAAGAAAAAACAAUAUGGCCACAAUUGACAAGGGCCAUGUGAGCUAUUGCCAUCACUUGGCAUCCGUUGUCUUAAACUUUUACAAAAAUCUCUGUAGAUCUAGUAUAAAAUUUGUGUUUAACAUACAACAUAAAGGUGCUUGCAUUGACCCCUUAAAUGAGAAUUUUGCACUAAUUUACGAGUUUUUGCCUAUUUCUUAAAAUACAAAAAUUAUCAGCCAUACAAGAUUACAAAAAUGCUGCAAUGAUUGAAAUAAUUGAAUAACUUGUAGUAGUUUAAGUUAUUGCCCUUGAAUGACUAUUUUGAUUGAUAUUGAAGUUUUUGCCAAUUAACUUGUAAACUGUAAAAGAUAGGAAGAAACUAAAAACAGAAAAAAAAUUAUAGGCAAAAAGAGAUCUACAAAAAUAUUUAUAUUGUCCAAACGAUCAGAUGACUCUUAAUUGAAGUUAUUGAUCCUAAAUGAUGAUUUUUUACUAAUUUUCAAGUUUUUGCUAAUUUUGUAAAAUUAUAUAAUAAAUAUGAAAAAAACUAUAAAAAGCAAAAAUUAUCAGCAAUACAAGAUCUACAAGAAUGCUAAUAUGACUUAAUCCAUUUGAAGACUCCAUAUAUGAGUUAAUGCCCUUAAAGGGAGAUUUUUAACUUGUGUUCAAGUUUUUGCCUUUUAUUUUAAUUUUUUACUUGUGAACAAUUCAGGCUCUUAUGAACCUCUUGUUGAUGAAUGUCUUUGUAGGGUUUAGACCUUAUAGGGUAAAAUCUUUAACCAUUUUGGAGUACUGUACCUGUUUUCAAAGUUGAAGGGGCUAUGUUCACAAGAAAUUUUACCACAAAAAUUGUUUGCAAGUUAUUUACAUACCAAAAUGUCCAUGACUGAAGAGUUCUUUUUUCUUAUAAGAUUUUUUAUGAAAUGAGCUGCAGUUUUUAACUUUGCCGAGUAAUGCAUCUGUAGGAAAUAAAUUUUCAACAUGACAGCUACGACUGAUUUCAGGAAUAUAUUACCAUCAGAAGUUAAUUUUCAGCAUCACAGCUUUAUUGUUUUUAGGUAUCAUGUAAACAAUGCAGGCUCUAAAGUUUAUAGUUAAAUUAUAAAAAAAAUCAAUAUACAAAUAUUGUGAUUUGCAAUUUAGAAUUGUUUUUACCAUUUUUAUUGUUUGAAUUAUAUAUUUUUUAUAUUGUAAUAUAGAAAUAUAUUUUGUUGAUAUAAUGCAUCUGUAGGAAAUACAUUUUCAACAUGAUAGCUAUGACUGCUUUUGAGAAAUACCACUGUGAGAAAUUAAUUUCAGCAUCACCACUUUUAUUGUUUUUAGGUAUUAUGUAAGCAAUUCAGACUCUAAAGUUUGCAGUUAAAUUCCUUGUAAUGUUUUAACAAAAUCAAUCUUUAAUUAUUGUAAUUUGUAAUUUCGAACUAUUAUUACCAUUUUUAUUGUUUGAAUUAUAUAUAUAGAUAUUAUCUUACCUCCUAUAGAUUUUAGGGGAUAUGAUUGGUUAAAGGACUACACAUGGUGACUAAAUAUAUUUGAUAUAGGGUGUCCUAAAAAAAUAUGGGGUUAGUAAGGAGUUACUUCCCUUUCAAAACAAACAAAAAAUCUGAAAGGUUUCAACAGACAAAGAAAUUGAUAAUGAAAGAUAGAAAUAAAUUCAUAAAACAAAUUUAAA